AUGAGUAAAUCAAUUAUUAGUGGAUCGUCCGUGAAAAUCAACGCUGCUUCGAUUGUUGAAUUAAAAGCUGAAUUAUAUAAAAAGCAGCAAGAAUUUCAGAAGCAGAAAUUAAGUGGUACUUCAGCUUUUGAAUCAUCCGCUCAAAAUGAUGUUGGGAAAAAGCCCAAAUGGAUGACACUUAGUCAGCGCACUAAAGUCAAGAAGAAACCAGCAGCCGUAAUGCCACCUAGAUCAAAUGAACCUGAAAGGAAUGACGAGGAAGAAAAUACCAUUCGUAAAUCAAAAGCUGCCUUGGAAAGAAAGGCUGCGCUAUAUGAAAAGUUGAAAAGUGGUCAUGCAGAUUUUGUAGACGAUGAGACUGAUACUCCUUACUUGGUCGACUUUGAAAGGAAGUACUAUAAUGAGAUGGAUGAAAAAGUCGCAGAAAAUGAGGCCCUUCGAGAAAGUACGCCUCCACCCGCUAAGCCCGAUGAAGAAUGGGUCGAAUUUGUGGAUAGCCUUGGCAGAUCAAGAAAGUGUAUGAAGAAGGAUUUAGCAACAUUUAAAGAAACUGACGAAAAUAUUGAAGUGAAAAGUGAUGAGUCGCGUAAUUUGACAAUGCUUUCGGAUGAUAUGAGACGAGAGAUGCUGCGUAAAAAAUGGGAGAAAGAAGAAGAAGAAGCCGCAAGAAGACCAAUGGGUCCAGUUCACUAUGAAAACGUAAAAUUUGACGGUUUGUAG